AUUUGGGUUUAAUGUUUUGUUUUUCUGGGUUUUCGAUGAUGGUGAGGGAAAGGAGGAGGUGUGAACGGAAAGGCGAGGAAGGCCGCCGGGCGCCCUGAGUUUCGUCGGCGGCGAGAAUGACGACGAAGGUUAAACUUCCUUUUGCAGGGGAAAUGGAAGGCGUUGGGGAAUGAUCAAGAGAAGAAGAAGAAGAAGAAGAAGAAGAAGAAGAAGAAGAAGAAGAAGAAGAGGAGAGGGGGUCUGCUCCAUGUCCCUUUCCUGGUUUGUGGGUUUUCUUUUUGUUGUCUUUCUUCCUCUCUCUCUCUUUGUGCAAGAACCGAAGAUGAAAAGAGGAAGAGAAGAUCUGUUCUUCCCAGUGGAAAAGGAAAGAAGAAGUAGUAGGAAGAGAAGAACCCUCUGUUUUUUUGUUUUCGUCUGUCAUAAGAGGUCCAUCUCCCCCCUUUGUAAGAGCCAUGGGGCUCCCUUUUUAUAGGAAAAAUGGCUACUUGUGCGCCAAGUUUUGCUACAGUAGUGGUCUGGAUUUGGGUCUGACCAGUUUGGGUUUGGUCAGACCUGAUUGGGUUGGCUGACUUUGACUUUUGUUGACUAAAUUGACCGAAAGUUGACUAUGCCUUGAUUUAUUUUAUUGUUGUAUUUUGUUUGUAAAUUUAAUGGAAUAGCAUUGUGUUUGUGAUUUUUAUUUAUAUUUGAUUUAAUUCGAAUUUAGUUUAA